AUCAGUAAACGGCUGAUCCUGAACGACGACAUGGCAGAGAAAUCUCUCCUGAAAACCCUCCUGGUUCUGGUUUCCCUGCUGGCUGUUUCUGAAGCAGAUCCAGAAGUUUCCUGUGUUUUCAAAGAGAACUGCAUGUUACCCUGUCAGAUCCAGUCCAGCUCUGAUCUGGUGAUCCACUGGUCCAAGCCGUCCCCAGAUGGAGACUCUGUGGUUCACUCCUACUAUGACGGCCUGGACCAGCUGGGUCAGCAGAACCAGAACUUUCAGGGCCGGACAUCACUGAUCCUGGAUCAGAUCUCCAGAGGAACCGCCUCCCUGAUGCUGAAGGAGGUGAAGAUCCAGGAUGAGGGGAGAUAUAAAUGUAACACCAGCAGCAGCACCGGAUUUAAAGAAUCAUUUAUAAACCUGAAGAUAGACGCUCCAGUUUCUACAAUCAGGAUCCAUCAGGAUGGAAACAGGAUCACCUGCAGCUCAGAGGGGAUCUACCCUCAACCUGAACUCACCUGGUCCACUGAGCCUCCAUCCAACACGGUUCUGCAGAACAGAACCACAGUCCAUCAGACUGAGGAGAAGCUUUAUGACAUCAGCAGCUCUCUGACGGGUCCAGACGGUUCUGAUCGGACCUACAGCUGCACCAUCAGAACCAGGAGGAACAAAAUGAUGGAAACCUUUAAAGAAAAAGAAUCAGCAGGAGGUUUAACCUGGAAGGUGAUUCUCUGUCUGAUUGGACCAGCAGGAGCAGCAGCAGUCGCUGUUUUAAAGAAAAAGUGUAACAAGAAGAAGGAAGAAGAGAAGGAUGAGGAGAAGGAGAAAAAGAAGGAUAAGGACUCAAAAAAAGAAGAAUCAGAAUCAUUUGGAAACUUUAGUGAAGAGCCAGACUCACGUAACUUUAAUCCUUCUGAAGAAAUUCAGAAGCUUAAGGACGAAGUUAAACAAGAAUUGGAAAACAUAAAGACGAGCGUGAAUGACCCAGAGACAAACGGCACCCAGGCCAUGCAAACUGGCGUCUAUGUGGAGGGUAUAGGGUUUGGUUGGGUCGGCAAACGCCAGUACCGGUGCAUUUGUCGAUCAGACUCUUCUAUCAUAAGCCUGGCUUGUUCAAUCCAGUUCUCCAAUGUCUCCUCCCCUGGAGGAGUGGGUUGCACUCCAGAGAAAGUGCGUAGACAUCUACUUACAGAUGUAGAGGUUUCCUGUGUCGUCAAGCAGAGCUGCAUCUUACCCUGCAGCUUCCAGAGCUACGGUGAACCCGUCCUCCACUGGAUUCGACUGGAAUCCUCAGUGCAGAGAGUUCAUUCUUAUUAUGACAACCAGGACCAGCUGGAUCUCCAGGACCAGAACUUCAGAGGCAGAACGUCUCUGUUUCAGGAUCAGAUCUCCAGAGGAAACGCCUCCCUGCUGCUGAGAGAAGUCAAAGUUCAGGAUCAGGGAAGAUACAACUGCUUGAUCACCACCGUUAAAGAAUAUAAAGAUUCAAUAAUCAGACUGAGUGUGGAUGCUCCAGUCUCUGACAUCAGGAUCCAUCAGGAUGGAAACAGGAUCACCUGCAGCUCAGAGGGGAUCUACCCUCCACCUGAACUCACCUGGUCCACUGAGCCUCCAUCCAACACGACUCUGCAUGAAAGUACCAGGAUCCAGGAAACUGAAGAUCAACUUUACAACAUCAGCAGCUCUCUGACGGUUCCAGAUGGUUCUGAUCGGACCUACAGCUGCACCAUCAGAACCAGGAGGAACCAGAGGAGAACAACUUUCAGGAAACUAUCAUCCGUUACCGUGACGACAGAUGAAACAACACUUCCCUGCUUGGGGCUGAACGGUUCAGUGACGACUGUAGUUUGGAGAUUCGACCAUCAGACGUUCCUGAAUCAGACGGGAAGGAACCGGUCCGUGUCAGAGAGCUGGAGGAAACAUGUGAAGGAUGUUUCAGAGCACGGAGACCUCAGGCUGCAGGAAGUAGAUCCUGAUCUGGAGGGAAACUACAGCUGUGAGACCAGCAACGAAGACGAAACCAUGGUAACCCAGAUCGCUGUGAAGAGAGACGGUAAAUCAUCCUGGAUAAUUUGGUUGGUGAUUGGAAUCAUUUUUAUGAUAGUGACGUUUUAUUCUCUGCUGUGUUUCUGCUAUAAAAGAAGAAAAAGGGCUGCUAUAAUUCAGAAGAAGAAGGAAAAUGAAUGUGAUGUAAGUUUGAUUUUAUUUCCAUAUGAAAACAAAUCCUGAUGUCAGAAAGUGAACCAAGACUUUCCUGUCUGAUAAAAUGUUAUAUGAUAUAAAAAACACAAUCAGUGUCCUAAUAUUUUUCAAAUGAUCCAGAAUGUUUCCAGAUGAAAAUAUUUCCUCCCAAACUGUUUCUCUACGGAAACUAAUUUAUUUUAACACUCCAAUACUUUUCAUCCCCACUGAAGAAAAUGAUAAAAACUUUCAUUUCUUUGUGUUAAUGUUUAAACAUUUUAAAACUAAUUUCAACACUUCAUUUCUCAUGAUUUUUUAUUUUAUUUAACUUUAAAUGUUUGUAAAUAAAUGUAAAGUUGAAUAUAAUCUAAUAUUUAAGGAUGUCAUUCAUUACAACAUUAUGACUCCAUUAAGACACACAGUGAUGAAGAAAACCGUUAAAAAUAAAUGUGGAUUAAUGUGAAACUGUUUUCCCUCAAUGAAGCCAAAUUUAUAUUUUGAAUGUCAUUAAUUUACUAAAUGUAAAUAAUCAGUUAUAGUGAAUGUUUGAAGUUUGUAGCUCAAUAUGGACUGUGAUAAAAAAGUAGAUAAAUAAUCCCUUGAAGUAAAAUUAGAUGAAAAUAAAGUGAAUCCAUUAGAGACAUACAGUAUGUCUUACUGUCUGAAAAUAUAAUUUGAAUGUUUGCAGCACUUCAUGUCAUAAUGUUUUGUUUUCUGCACAGUUUCAUGUUUAUGAUGUCAUCUGUUGUUGUUUUGAAUAAAUUGUUUAUCCUGUUUUUGCUGCUGUCUUUAUCUCUAAAGUUUCCCUCAUUUAUUCAUCUUUAACACGUCUGAUGAA